AAACAGAUAUGUAGCAUGUCAGGGGUACAGCCCUGUAAUACAGUCCAGGGCAUUGAAAAGCUAGUAAGUGAGUUAAAAAUGCCGAAAACUGAUCUUCAGGGAUUGGAUAAAGGGGAGUUGUCCACUGUAACCUUGAGUUGGGAGAAGAUGAAGGAUAAAAACUGGUUUCAAGAUACAGAUAUAUUUAGGUGUACUGCACAACAAUCAGAAGUGGAUUUUUUGGUUCAUUCGGUAAUUCAUCACAGUUCUAGACCUACGCUAGAAAAUGUUAUCUCCAUUCUACUUAUAAACCAAGAGCCUCUUGUCUCAAUGAUGUUCAAGAGAAAAGAUGACUGGCCUUUCCCUGAAUACUUGGGCUCUUGUGGAAGGUUGGCCAUAUUUGAAUAUAUCGGCCCGAGCAUUGCUGCACACUAUUCUUCCUCUUGGCCUCUGCGCGCGUACUUUGCUGUACAACUGCUUCAGCUGGCUAAACGGUUUUCUAAACCAGAUAAAACCGGUUUAGUGAUUUAUCCUACAGAUUGGACCGCUCACAACUUUGCCGUGGACGAGGAGAAUCGUGUAUAUUUAGUUGAUCUAGAGGGAAUAAUUUUAGUGAAUCAAUCAAUAAUUAGAGAAAAGAAGGCACCAGGCUGGGACACCUAUUAUACUGCGGAUAGGUUUGGUUGUACAAAUUGUUUUAGUUUCUCUACAGCAGAUCUUUGUACGCAUGCAGAAUCAGAUCACAACUACCAUGGUGUUUGUGGAGGUCUUCUAGCACCUCAACCUUACUCUCCAGGACUAGCAGGAGGACUUCUUCAUUCAGUUCCUAGAAAUAUACUAGCUAGGCAUCCUCUGCUACCGAGGUUACUGGAUGAAUGCUGGAAAUCCUCUAAACCUGGAGGACGGGAAGAGGCCGCUGAUCUUAUUAUUGAGAUCCUUCGCUCUGAACUGGUUGAUCUUGAUCUUCAAAACCUAACAUGAGACGUUUAGAUCUUGAUAUUUUUUUGUCUUUGAUUUGAUCUUCAUUAUCUUACACUUAAUGCUUUGAUCAUGAUCUUCAACGCCUCACUUAAGUCUUGAUAGAUUCAAUAUUUUAUAUAUGACGCUUUUAUGUUGAUCUUACAUCUUUAAUUUCUAACAUGAGACACUUUGACCUUGAUCUUCAUUAUCUUACAUGAGACUUUUUCAUCUUGAUCUUCAAAAUCUUACAUUUGAUGCUUUGAUCAUGAUCUUCAAAACCUCACUUAUGACGUUUUGAUCUCGAUUUUUUAAAUCUUACAUUCUCUGAUAUUGAUUUGAAAAUCUUACACAUAUAAUUCCGAUUAAGAAACGCCCUAAAAAAGUUCUUCUCAUGCUUGGUCUUAAAUUCCGUAGAUUUUUAUGGUUUAAACUUUUUAAAGUGAUCUCAUUUGAUUUUUUAAAUCAACCGAAUUGACCGAAUUUGAAGUGGUGUUUACAUUUUCUGAAAAUUGCACAUAAAAAAGCUUAAAGUGACAUUUUUUAUUUUAGAUUUGAAGCUAUUGUCAACAUGACAAUACAAGCGUACUGCCAUGCUAUUGACCACAAUUCUAAAUAAGGUCACAAAUUGAAACUUAUUUUUUGAUUCUCAUAAAAAAAAAAAUCUUGAAUUUCUACUAUUUCAUAUAAUUUUCAAUUAACAGAGGCACUUUCAGUAUUGAUAAAGGAUGGAUUUUUUAAAUCGGGCCCACAUUUUUUGUGUGACCUCGGGUAACUCCAGGGAAGGUUUAUGGAUGACCGGAUUUU